AUGUCUUUACCCAAUUUUUAUAAUCAUUUAUUGAUAUCAUCUAUAUUUCCUUUUAAAACUGAAAAAUAUCCAAUUAUUUCACCACCAACUAAACGUCAUAGUUUCUUCAGCAGUGGACCAUUGGAGAAUAAUGCUGAUGCUGGAGCAAUUUUUGUAUUUGGAAAAACGUUUGAGGAUCAUUUUUUCGUAUUUAAAGUAACUUCAAUCAUUAUUUUUCUUGGAGCUGUAAUAAAUGUACUUUAUUAUUUGGGUGUUAUGCAAUAUGUUAUUGGAAAAAUUGCAUGGUUUAUGCAAAAAACUCUAAAUACAACUGCAGCUGAAUCUAUGAAUGCAGCUGCAAAUAUAUUUGUUGGAAUGAGUGAAGCACCAUUAAUGAUUAUGCCAUUAGUACCUAAAAUGACAACAUCAGAACUUCAUUCUGUAUUAGUUGGUGGUUUUGCAACAAUGGCAGGUUCUGUUCUUGCAACAUUCAUAUUCUUUGGUGUUCCAGCAAAUCAUCUAAUUGCUGCGAGUGUUAUGGCUGCACCUGGAGCACUUGGUUUUUCAAAACUUUUAUUACCUGAAACACAUCAAUCAAAAACAACUUGGGAAGCAAUGAAAAAUACUCCAUUACCAGAACAAUAUAAUGUUAUUGAUGCAUUAUUAACUGGUGCAGGUCGUACAUUAAAAAUUUGUGGUUAUUUAAUUGCUAAUUUAAUAGCAUUUAUAAGUGUUCUUCAUUUUGCUGAUACUACUAUCUCAUGGAUUUUUAAUCUUAUUCGUCAUCCGGAAAUAAAUUUUCAGUUUUUACUUGGAUUGAUUUUCUAUCCAUUCUCAAUUAUAAUUGGUAUUCCACUUCAAGAUUGUCUAUUAGCAUCAAAACUUAUUGGAAUUAAAGUUAGCUUAAAUGAAUUUAUUGCCUAUCAAGAACUUGGUAAAAUUCGUCAAUUACGUAAUGAACUUAUAUUAAAUCAUACAUUUCCAUUAUAUUUAAAUGGAACAUUAAUAUUACCUGAUGAUAUUCCAAUGUUAUGGAAUGAUAGUUCAAUAGUUAUUUUAACUUAUGCUUUAUGUGGUUUUGCUAAUUUUGGCUCGAUGGGUAUUGCAUUAGCAACACUAGGAGUUUUUGCUCCUACAAGAAAACGAGCUAUAACUAAAAUUGCACCACGUGCUUUAAUUGCUGGUAAUAUGGUUUCAUUAAUGACUGCAUCAAUUGCUGGUUUAUUGUAUGAUGCUCGGCAUGCAACAGUACCUAUAUUAAAUUUAAAUUCUACAGUUGUAUAA